CUUUCUUUCUCUUUGUUGUGUCGUGUGCGAGGCAUUCGUGACUGAACUAUUUUGCUCCAUUGAACUGAAAAUUUAGGCGGGUAUUUGUACCCUGACUCCCGCCAAAUUUCAUCCCAUUGCUCGUUCCUCUCCAAGCCGUCAUCACCCCCAAAAUGUCGGCAAUAUUCGCGCCGGGAGCUUCCACCUACCAGCAAGACUCACUCGUAUAUAUUGACCGACAAGCCAAACAAAUCGAACUCAACCUGCAGAGCUUCAUCGAUGCCCAAAGCGAAGGCCUUCUUGCUGGCCUGGCGGGACCGCAGUCCAAUGCUACUCCCUCGACUAGUGGGAGCCAUACUCCAACCUCGGCGCUGGGUAGUGUCCAAGGGCCCUCUACCGUUCCAGUGAGACAACCACCUCCCGAGAAGAUUGGUCUUCGUGCGGCUCGGGAAGGUAUAUUUAAAUCUAUCUACGACCUGUUGAAGCUGAGAGAGGAGGAGCAUGAGCUACUGAUCUCCCAGGUCGAUGAACGACACGUUGCACUGCAGGACAUUGAUGGGUUUAACACCAAGCGUGCCGGCUUAAUGGCCGCAAUUUCGACAAUUCAAGACGAUAAGGAAGGUCAACGGACUACGAAACUACGAGACGAAAGUCGCAAACUGGAGGAAGACAUCCAUGAAAUGGAAACCAGACUGUCCCAAAUGAAGGCUAGGCACCAACAUGUCAUCCGGGAAUUGUCGCAAAUGGAAAACUCGGUCGACUCUAAGCUAUCCUCCUACAAAGCUUCUUUGACACUACUGGAGUCGGAUGUUCAAAGAUACCUCCAGAAUCCGCCUGUGAGACCUGUAUCGGCCAAGUCUAGUGACGCGACGUUCUAUACUCUGAACCCAAAACGACGGACCCUCGAUCUCGCCCACGAACACUGGACCAAGGAGCAAGCGGACCUGCGCAGCCGAGAAAAGGAAGUCAAGGCAGAGAUCGAAGCGCUGGAGGCUGGUGGCGGAGUUUGGAAACAAGUAGUCGGGGAAGUUACCGGUUACGAGAAGCGGUUGAAGGCGACCAUGCGCCGCUUCAUACAGAAACAGUCACAACUUCUGGAUCCAGAGGGUACUUUACAAACCCUAUCGGAAAAGGGCAUUGCCCGGGCUGUGCUAGAGGAUUUGAGACACACAUCUGAACGCGUAGAAGAUCACUUAGAAAUUGCGGAGAGUAAGAACUGGAAAUUACUCGUUUGUUGCAUCUCUGCAGAGCUCCAGGCUCUGCAAGAGGCUCACCAGCUCUUGCUGAAUCUGUUCAAUGUGUCCGACGCCGACGUCCGAUCGCCUAUCGGUGGCCCCGGCGAUGGUGAACCCGAUGUUCAUGCUGACCCGCUUGGGGUGGAUAACCCAGAGCCUCCAGCUGAUUUGUUGAGGGAUACGGAGGAACACUCUCUUGAUGUAGUUUCUAGGUCGUCGGGGGGAGAAGAUGAUGAACCAGAUCCCGCUUGGCUGCUCCCAGAAUCGUGACCAAGAUGUACACUCGGUGCCUGGUUUGAUUUACUUGAAAG